AUGAAUCAAAAUCGUUUAUACGUCUUAUUGGUAGUUUUCUUUAUUACCACUAUUUCCGUAACAAAUUCACUUCCAAGUGGAAAAUUUAAGAGAAGCGACGAUGCAUGCGCCAAUAUAAAACAAGCUUACUUGGAUGUUUUGAAUACAACAAAAAAUCCGGAUAUCAAGUAUGCCGACGUAAAAAAUUGUUUCGAAUCUUUUUCUUAUAAUUAUACUAGGGCAUCAGAACUCAUAGAAAUAUUUAAAGGGCUUUAUGGAAAUUUCUAUGUGUUUUUGGAUCAAGCUAAAGAGCCUCCCCAGCCUGGCCUUGACUAUAAACCCCUUGAUUUGCUAAAGGAAUUUGAUAAUCUACUCGAAAAGGAUUAUAAAUCUGAUUUUGAAUUUAUGAACGCUAUAAUGGAUAUUUUAUAUGGCCUAAAGGAUGCUCACGUUAAUUUCAAUCCUCUUUGUUAUAGCGGAUUUUUUUUCGACCAAGAAAUUUAUUUAUACUCUGUUGUCAAAUCCGACGGAACACAGACGAUUCAAGUUUAUGAAUAUGCGUCCGACCCAUCGAUUAAAAAUUGUGAGGUCACUCUCAUUAAUGGUAAACCUGCGUUUGAUGUGAUCGUCGAAUAUGCCGACACUUCCGUAUCCUCCUCACGUGAUCUCGGUGUAAGAUUUAAUGUUGCCUUAGCGUCUUUAACGGCAACUGGUGGAAUGAAAAAAGGCGAAUUUGGAUUCCGUACAAGACUACCUGAAACCAAAUCUAUUUCUUAUGAUCUUGUGUGUUCGGGAAAGAAGUCUCGAAUUGACAUUCCUUGGAAAAUUUCCAUUCAAGACUAUCGACUAUUCCCCCUAUUUAAUGAUUCUAAGGAUUACUUUGACAACCUCUGCAAUAAUCCUAAUAAAUCAUUUCCCUAUAUAACGGAUGUAGAAAACGUUGAAAAAAAAGCUGAUUCAGAGCCACUCGUAAAGCCUUUACUAAAUGUAUCCACUAUGGCAAGUUUCUAUCAAUUAGAUGAAAUCGGUGUUGUGGUCGUUUCUUCAUUCGCUGAUGAUAAUCAUACGUUGGAACCCACCUUCCCAGAGAUUUACAAUGGCUUGAUUAAUGGAUUUAACUUGUUGGCUCAAGCUAAUGUUAAAAAGAUAGUCCUUGAUUUCACAUAUAAUGGAGGAGGAAUAGUGGAAUGGUCUUCAUUUUUAAAUAGUCUUUUACUUUAUAAAAAGGACAUCGUUACAUUUCCAGGUGACAUAAAGGUGUCGGAUAUUUCGAAACUUGCAAUCAACACGAGUACAUCCGAAAAUCUCGGAUCACUAUUCAAUGGUCACAAUUUUGUAGAUUUCACCACACAAAAACCCUUUAACACUUCAGAGGAAUUUAUUGGGAAUAAUUUCUAUAACCGCGGGGGUGAUAGAGUUAGGUUUACAAAUAAAUUCUUCGAUAUCAUAUCUAAUUAUACCGACGCAAGUCUUAAUAGUGUGACAAAGCUGCCAUGGAAUCCAAGUGAUAUGAUUAUUUUGACGAAUGGAUUUUGUGGAUCUUCGUGUGCCCUUACUUCGUUAUUCUUGUCCGAGAUAGGUCAAAUUUCCACUGUAUCUGUUGGAGGUUUUUAUAAUAAAUCGCUUUCGUUUUCUUCAUUUGCUGGAGGAAGUGUCCUACAUACCGAUUCGCUCAUUAAUGAAUUACAAUCCCUAAAAUUAAAAAACGACAAACAAUUUAGUUUUUAUAACGUUCGAAUAUUAAGGUCUGACGAUGCAAGUUUCACCUUUAAAGAAGUAUACAGCAUAGAAAAGCCCGAUGAUGUAUUGGAGUUUCAGUUCAGACCUGCCCAGUACAGGUUGUAUUAUGAUGACGAGAACUCCAGAGAUUUAACUAAAUUGUGGAAACAGGCUGCUUCUCUUAUUAAGAAAACUUAA